CUUACAGCAACGAUCCUAUUUCAGAUUGAUAUUAGUAGUAGAUGAAACCAACACAGAUCCAAUUCAAAAUUUUUAACAAAGAAGGAAAAGGGAAAAGUGAAAAACAAAAACAAAAGUAUGUAAAGGCAAAUUCAAAUUGAUAGCGUGAGAUAAUCAAGUCUCAAUAUCUACGUCCGAUUUGAAGGUACUUGGGACGAAACAUACCGAGGACGAAGGAGGUGAUAUGUAUAACUUGAAUUCCUGUUGCUUGUAGGAAUUCUUUAUUCUUGCUUCUUUUUUAUUUUUAUUUUUAUUUUCUUUCUGUUUCUCGAGCAGACAAGUCCUAGUUGUGUUUGUUUAUUCGUUUCAGCAAUUUGGGCAUUGACAAGAUUUUCAGCAGAGAGAAACAAAUGGUAUCUUUACCUUUUGAAUUCUCUUACACAUUUUUUUCGGUUAGUGGUGUAUAAAUACUGACGGAUGCUUCAAGGCCGGACAGAUUCUUUCUUUUCACAUUCAUUCAAACGUUGAGUAAAGAAGGACUCAAGGAAAAUUUAUGUAAACAGAAAAUUCUAAAUUUCUUUUGUUAUUCGAUGACCUUCAAAACUCUUGCAUCUGCUCUUUCAUUUGUUUCAUCAAGAAUAUGUCGAAGCAAUUGACCCAUCCAUUCGACGAGAGAAUCCUAUUUUACAACGUUUCUUGUUCAAGAUUUCUGAUUCAAAUCUUAUAAAGAAAUACAAAGGGAUGCUCCUAUUGUUAUUGUUUACAGAAUUGCUCAGUGUUUACGUUUGUAUAACUGUAAACAUUUAUGUGAUGUACAUCAAAAGUACAAAGUGAUCAUAAAGGACUUAUCAGAGAAUGAGAAAUGAAAAAGUUCAACAAAAAAGUCUUGUCGAGUUGAUGAUUUUUUACUGUGAACUUCAUUAUUAUUUUCAUUUGGAGGAUCGUGUAAAACUGACUAUUAGAUUUAUAAGUCUAAACAUGUGAAUGUCUAGUGGAAUUGGCAUGUUUAUUUUUUUUAAAGCUUUUUUUCAUUAAUGAACGUUUCAGGAAUGUUCAAUGUGACAGAAAGAGAGCCUCGAUCAAAGCUAAGCGCUUUUUUUGUUUGUUUGUUUGUUUGUUUUGGGGGUUUGAAUUUCGCAUGGAUUAACCGAGAGACAGACAGAAACAAAAAAAGAAAGAAAAAGUAAAAAGACACAAGCUCUUAGACGUUUAUGACUCGAGAGAAACAUAUUUUUCGUUCGUUUUCUUAUGCGAACGAUUUUGAAGGAUUUGCAUCAUGGAACUUAUAUCAUUUUGCUUGACGUAAGAAGAAGCGAAAAAUUAUAAAGUCAGCUAAAAUCGCAAGUAAAAGCAAUAACUGAAAUCUUUUAACAAAUAGACAUAUAUUAACGUCUUUUUCUCUAUCUUCUAUCUUUUUCGUCGAUUUUGAGAACACUGUUAUAUUUUCAUCACUAUGAGCCCUGCACCCUACAAAGAUCUUAGCAAGGAUACCGUUCACACUCAUCCUCCAAUUCAUGAAUCCGAGCGCAGAGAGGAACACGGAUGGGGCAGCUUAAAAAAAGAGCCUCUCAUGGAGGACCAAGCUGAACAAGAUGCAAAGGCUGACUUGUCGAAAGACAAAAAGGAAGUCAAGGAGGAGGCCAGUCGUCCUCCACCAUCUGUUUAAAUUGACAGGAUCAAAAAUGUCAUGCAAAAAUAGCAUCUUUCUAUUUUAAUAAUAGGUGUCUUUACGCUCUUCAUCGGACGACUACACUUUUUUUUACGUUAUUUUGUCAAACGAUGUUUAUUUAUGUACGAUGAUAUGGCUUUAUGAAUAGAAUUUUGUAUAUGAUUUUCAAAAGUUG